CCCUUCCCUCCCUUUCCUCACCCCUUCCCCUCCCCUCACCGGCCCCGCCGGGCUCGGCCGCUUCCCCCCCGCACAUGGAGCCCCCUCGUCCGUCCACCGUCGUCUUGCCCGCCGUUCGCCGCCGCCGCCUUCGCGAUAUUCCACCCCCUCCUUCCUCGCAAACCGCCGGCACCGCCCCAAAGGAUCUUCUCUGGGGUUGGUUGCCACGCCUGGGAGAUCCAUCGAACCGGGACCCGAUGCUGCGGAUGCUGGAUGCCGGGUUGGAGCGGUGCCUGGCGCUGCGUUCGGCCGGGAUCCCGGUACCCCGGAAGCUGUCGGGCAGGGCUGGCAUUGAUGAGGUGAUGGCAGCCACGGUGCUCACCAGUCUCUCCACCAGCCCCCUGGUGCUGGGCCACCCUCCAGCCACCCCCGCUCCAGCAGAGCCCGGGGGUGAGGUCUGGAAGGAGGUGCCCACCAUGUCCUCCAGUUGCAGCAGCAGCAGCAACACCAGUGGGGACUGGAGCUGGGAUCCCCCCAGCGACCGCUCCACGCCCUCCACCCCUUCACCCCCACUCUCCAGCCACGUCCCCAGCACCUUCCUGCCCACCCCGCUGACAGAUGAGGGCCCCGAGGAGCCUGACAGCACCCACUUUGUCUUUGGAGAGCCCAUCCCACGGAAGAGGAAGAACUCCACCAAGGUGAUGUUCAAGUGCUUGUGGAAGAGCUGCGGGAAAGUCCUCAGCAGCUCCUCAGGGAUGCAGAAGCACAUCCGAACCGUGCACCUUGGCCGCAAAGCCGACCUGGAGCAGAGCGACGGCGAGGAGGAUUUCUACUACACGGAGCUGGACGUGGACGUGGACUCCCUGACCGACGGGCUCUCCAGCCUCACACCUGUCUCACCCACCUCCUCGGUACCGCCCGCUUUCCCCGGGCCCGAGGUCCCGGCUCCGGUGGUACCGGGUUCGGCGGUACCGGCGCUGCCGCUCCCCGACCUGGCGCUGGCGUCGCCCUGCAGCCCCCCGGCCCCCCCCGGCCUCUGCCACGUCCACACCGACCACGCCUACCAGGGCUGCCCCCUCCCCCCACAGCCCCCCGUGUCCCCCGCUGCGCCGACACCCAAGCCACCCAGUGUCCCCAGGAGGCCGCGGGGGGAGGCCAAGAAGUGCCGGAAGGUGUACGGCAUGGAGAACCGGGAGCUGUGGUGCACGGCGUGCCGCUGGAAGAAGGCGUGCCAGCGCUUCCUCGACUGACACCCCCGGCGCUGCCCCCUCCCCUUCUUGCACAUUUUGCACUCGAGGUGCCUUCGUGCCCCCCUCCCCCGUGUCCCCCCUUUCCUCCUC